UCUGUGUUUGUGGUUGAGUGAUGAAAAGGCACAACAGCAUCUCUUUCACUUCAGAGGAUUGAAGAAUUCUGAUGCUACCUGCCUGCUUGGCGUUUCCACCAUUUUUCGAUAUUUAUCAAUUUACAUCUUCAUGUUCUUGUUUCGCCAAUAAUUCUUGCCAGGGAUCUCCCUACAAAAAUAUUGGAUUCCUGAAUUUAGCGCAUUCAGGCUGCGUGAAAUGUGAGUAUGCGGCUUGAAAGUCGGAAGGCAGCCGAUUGGCCAGUGGGCUGGGGAUAAUCACACCCUUGCGCGUUUUAUCAAGCCUCUCACUUGUCACGUCAAGCGAGGCGGCGAGUACCACGGUGGUAUCGAGGAUAGUAACGCCCGCUGCAUGGAGCUCCAUUGCCCGAACCAGCCGAGACUGGAGUGACUUUCACUCGAAGCCCAGCUUCGUACAUUACUAAUCAAAGUUGCCGUGAAUAUCCGGAGUGAUGGGUGCACUGGAGACUCUGAGUGAGUUUAGUUUCUUGCGUUGGCUGAGGGACGGUCGACAGUCUCGGAAACUCAUCCUGUGCAUAGUCUUCAUCGCGCUGCUGCUGGACAACAUGCUGCUGACCGUGGUGGUGCCUAUCAUUCCCAGUUACUUGUACAAUCUUCAACAUCAGCCUCCAACGAAAAGUCCAACACAAAGCCCUGAAGCCAUUUCAGCAACAAGAUUUCAAAAAAUAUUUUCCUAUUAUGACAACUUGACAGUGGAAAUGGGAAGAGAUGGAGAGGCUGGGCUCAACACCACACAGCAUGAAGUCAUCAACACAACAACUGCUCUGCCUGCCAAUGCAAGCUGCUUGAAAAAUGACCAAGACCUGCUGAAUGAGAAUGUUGAAGUUGGCUUAUUGUUUGCUUCCAAGGCCACUGUGCAGCUUGUAACCAAUCCCUUCAUUGGACCACUGACAAAUAGGAUAGGAUAUCAGCUCCCAAUGUUUGCAGGGUUUAUCAUCAUGUUUAUUUCAACCGUUAUGUUUGCCUUCUCAAAGAGCUAUGUGCUGCUCUUCUUGGCCCGAUCUCUGCAGGGGAUAGGCUCUUCCUGCUCCUCUGUGGCAGGUAUGGGAAUGCUGGCCAGCGUUUACACUAAUGAUGAAGAGAGGGGUAAUGCAAUGGGAAUUGCAUUAGGAGGCCUGGCUAUGGGAGUUUUGGUGGGCCCACCCUUUGGCAGUGUGAUGUUUGAAUUUGUGGGGAAGACAGCCCCAUUCCUUUUCCUGGCGGCACUCGUACUGCUGGAUGGAGCCCUGCAGCUCUUCAUCCUCCAGCCCUCCAAACCACAACCAGAAAGUCAAAAGGGGAGCUCAUUGAUUACACUUUUACGUGACCCUUACAUAUUGAUUGCUGCAGGAGCCAUAUGCUUUGCAAACAUGGGCAUUGCCAUGUUGGAACCAGCCUUGCCUAUUUGGAUGAUGGAGACCAUGUGCUCAGCAAAAUGGCAAUUGGGCAUUGCUUUUGUUCCAGCAAGUGUCUCAUAUAUAAUUGGAACUAACAUCUUUGGUGUCCUUGCGCACAAAAUGGGCAGGUGGUUGUGUUCUCUCCUGGGAAUGAUAAUCGUUGGAAUAAGCAUUGUUUGUGUGCCAUUUGCCAAAAAUAUUUAUGGACUUAUUGUACCAAACUUUGGAGUUGGUUUUGCCAUAGGAAUGGUGGAUUCCUCAAUGAUGCCAAUUAUGGGUUACUUAGUGGACCUCCGUCAUGUCUCUGUAUACGGAAGUGUUUAUGCAAUUGCAGAUAUUGCAUUUUGCAUGGGAUUUGCAUUAGGCCCAUCAAGUGGUGGUGCCAUUGCUAAGACCAUAGGGUUUCCAUGGUUAAUGGCAAUUAUUGGAAUCAUUGACAUUCUAUAUGCUCCACUCUGCUUUUUCCUUCGAAGCCCACCUGCCAAGGAAGAAAAGAUGGCUAUUUUGAUGAAUCAAAAUUGCCCAGUUAAAACCAAAAUGUACACAACUCAAGACCACUUUCAGAGAGACUCAAUGAUUGAUGAUAAUGAUGAAGAGUGUAGGAGUGAUGAAUGAUUGGAUCUGUGCCAUUUUCUUUAUUGAAUUACUUUAAUGUGUAUUAUAAUGUUUUGUGAACAGUCUUUUUAAAUUAUUGUCUUAAUAUAGUUUAACUAUUCCACCAUUCAGGCAUACCAGAGUUGUGAUCCUACUUCUCUUGUAUUAGACUAUGUAGAAAUGCAACAUAGAGUUUUAGCUGGGGAAUUAAAAAAGAGGUGGUUGAGUGAAAAUGAUAACCAGCAGCCUUAUCAAGUCAUGAUAUCUAUUUCAAUUUGCUCUCAGAACCAACAGAUUUUUUGAAACAUUUAAUUUUAGGUAUUGCACUAUAUCUUACAAUCUUGCAUUUAUUAAUGAAGGAUAACCUUUGUCUGCAGAGUUUUUCCCAAUUCUAUGCUCAUUGGUUUAAAUAUUUGCUUCAAAUCAAACAAAUUUAUGUUCAUAGAUCCCCACGUUGGAUGCUAAAAAGCCACUGCAGUUCUAUUAAUCAGUUUCAGCAUUUUGUGUCAAAAUGAGGUGACUUAGCAGCGACAUAAUGCCUGAAAAUUGUUUUGAUUUGAUUUGAAUGUUCAAAAUAGGGUUCACUAGUUAAGUGAUAAAUUAAUUUAAACAAAAAAGUAUGCUUUCUGCCAAGUGGUUACCAUGGGUUACCUUUCCUCUCCAAUAAUUAAUGAAACACGUUUCUUAUGCUGAUAAAAUUUGCAUAAAACUAUUUAAUAAUAAAAUGUGAUAAGGGUACUAAGAGAAAUGUAAGUUGAAAACUGUUUACUCAUUUGAAAGUGAGCGCAACCACAUUUUCUAUAAACUAAACAUGUAUAUAUAUUGGACUACAUUUGCCUGUAACAAAACAUAUAUGUGCCUUCAUUAAAUUUAAUAUAUUUUCAUGCAAUAGAUAUGUUAGACACCUUUACUGUGGUCAUUUUCUGCACAGACUAUUCCAGGUGACAAUUACACUGCAAGCACUUCCGCACCGACUGUAUUCAGACUCCAUGAUUUAAACCACACUGGAUGAUCUAAUUCUGUCAACAUCAUUCAUGAAUAUGUAAAAGUAGGCAUUCAUAAAGGACAGAUACUCCACCAACAAAUCACAAAGUUUAUUGUAGAGAUAACAUAUCUUGUGCAUGCAAAUAUAAUCACUGUCCACAGACAAGUCAGUUGCUUUGUACGCUCAAACAGAUGGGCAAAUAUAAAUAUAAAGAUGUGGAGGAGCAUCUCCUGUGGAUCAAUAAGAUGGCUUGUUAAUGUGCAGUCAGAUGUGUCUCUGUGUACAUGUGUGGAUGUCUGUGGAUGUGUGUAUUUCUGCCUCCAGGACAAUUAUCAAUAAUAAAAGUAUCAUGAGUAAAAUGGCA